AUGUCAGGCUGCAGUAUUGCGCAGUGUAUCGCCCUCGGCGUCGCGCUUGUCGUGCACCGCGGGCGGAGGGGCGCGAAGGCACGACUUCUGGACGCAGAGAUACUGCAGCCGCUAUCGCUCCCGCGUCGAGUGGAGGUGGUCGCGUGCUGCAGCGCCCACGACGCUGGCGUUGACGCGUUGCUGUCGAUGAGCCUGGCGGAGGGCGCCGGCUGGCUCCUGCAGCUGCUGUCGGGUGGUGGGUACGGGCCGCAGGUCGAUGCCGCCGUGCGUUUCGCAGCUGAAUCGUAA